AUGCCAGAGUAUAGAAAUGAAAGGCUGCAGCAGAAGAAAACUUCCACCCCGCUUGGGGAGUCUUAUACCAGUUUGUUUCAGAGGUUGAGUCAGCUGGAUGUUCUGAGGCCGAUUGAGUCAAAAUUACGAAACCCCCCUCCAAAGAACCUGGAUUAUUCCCUCAGAUGUGCAUAUUAUUCUGAUACUCUGGGGCACAAUACAGAAAAGUGUUGGCAUUUGAAGAACUCCAUCCAAGAGCUUAUCGAUACAAACCGAAUUGUGGUCCAGAGCCCGGAAACUCCAAACAUCAAUCCCUUUCCAGCCCAUGCCGAAACGCACAUGAUUGAGAUAGUGUAUAAGGAUGGAGAGCCCGAGAAGCCUUCAAAGUCUGUCAUGAUGAUCCGUUCCAGUGACACUGAAGGGCUGAAGGACAAACUAAGCCCGCCCAAUGUUAAGUCGCCUGUAUUAGUUGUGAAAGGGUUCCCAGAUGAUGUUGAAGCAAAGCAAGGAAAGCCGAAAGUGGUGGUGCCAUGGGCAGCAAGUAAGCCUAUCAUAAUCGUGGAAGGGGCUCGCACCGACCCUAUUGUUAUUAAACCUGUGACCCAGCUGCCGAUAAAUAACACCAAGGCUGUUCCAUGGAAUUACAAGCAAGUGAUAGUAACCUAUAAAGGGAAAGAAGUGGAAGAGGAAGUCAAUGAAACCCGAGGGUUGACUCGUACGGGGAGAUGCUUUACCCUAGAGAAAUUAAGGAAAGCUAAGCCACUCAAAGAUAAUCCCAUUCUAGUGAAGAAGCCAGUCACUGAAGAGGAGGCGGAAGAAUUUUUGAGAAAAAUGAAGGUGCAGGAUUACUCCAUCGUAGAACAGUUGAGGAAGAUACCCGCUCAGAUUUCUCUUCUAUCAUUGAUAUUCGAGACAAACAGAAUCACCUUCUCAGAUGAUGAGUUGCCUUUGGAGGGUACGAAACAUAAUCGGGCUCUUUAUCUCACAGUGAAAUGCGAAGAUUCUGUGGUCACAAGGGUGCAAGUUGACAAUGGUUCCAGUGCAAAGAUUUGCCCUCUCUCCACUCUGCACAAGUUGAACAUUGAUACUGAAAGAAUCCACAAGAACAAUAUAUGUGUCCGAGGUUUCGACGGAGUGGGAAAAGAUUCUGUUGGCGAUAUCGUACUCGAGCUGACGAUAGGAACAGUUGAAUUUACCAUGGAGUUCCAGGUACUAGAUGUGGCCGUCUCCUACAAUUUGUUGUUGGGUAGGCCCUGGAUACAUAUUGCCAAAGCAAUCCCUUCUUCCCUGCACCAGAUGGCCGAAGAUGGUAAGGGGCCUUGGGUCUACCAAGUUUUCAAAACAGUGCCAGUUGAGAAGAUUCCGGAGAGGGAGUGUAUUCCAGGUCCGAAGUUAGCCUCCGCAUCCAUCAUGGUGGCAUCUGAAAUGCUGAAGAAUGGUUUUCGAAAAAGGGGGUGUGACAUCGUGAAGCUCCCAGUUUCAGCAAUCCCAAAGCCUGCAGUCGACUCUGCUGAAGAGGUGAUUGAAAGAUUCCAGAGUCUAUUUGAUGAGGUGAACAUGGUGGAAGUUGGGGAAGGUUCUAGCAAAGCAGAUGUGCAGUUUAUUGGGCCAAAAGAACUUGCUGCAUUCACUCAUCUCCACAAACUCGUAAGCUACAUUGAAGCCAGUUUCAAAAUGCCUGUCACUGAAGAAUUAAUCAAACAGAAGAAUAGCGAGAUCAGCAACAGAAUAAUCAGCAGGCACACUGAUGCUUGA